GUAAUGAUGCUGUGGCUCGCGGGGGCGAUCACUCCCUCGGCGUCGUUCGCUGGUAGGCCGCCUGCCCACCGCGUGGCACCGGCUCGCGCCGUGCAGCGCGCGCCAGCGCCGGCGAUGCGCGGCGAGCAGGCCUUCUCCUUUGGCCCUGCGGCAGCGCUGCGGACGGCAAAGCGCAAGCUCCCGCAGGUCGAGUGGCUUGCGGCCGGCGAGGGCUCGGCGGAGAACAAGGUGGACAUGCCGGACCACGUUGCACGCAUCCUCUCGCAGCCGCACGCGCCGCAGCGCGAGGCCGAGAACGAUGAGAGGACGCACCGCAUCCGCACGCGCUACGAGCAGGCUGCUGCCGAUGCGCAGGCGCUGCGCGGGAUGCUGGUGGGGGAGGAGGAUGAGAAGGCGUGGUGGCGCACGCCGCGCGAGGUGCCGGCGGGUGGCCGGCCGGUGAGCAAGGACGACCCACUCACCGUGCUGGUGGCGGGUGGCGGGCUUGCCGGCCUGGUGACAGCGGCGGCGUGCCACGCGGCGGGCAUGCGGGUCGCGCUGUUCGAGCAGGCGUCUUCGUACGCGCCGUACGGCGGCCCCAUCCAGAUCCAGUCCAAUGCGCUCCGCGCCAUCCAGCGCAUCUCCCCAGCCGUCUUUGAGGAGCUCGUCGCCGCGGGCACCGUCACCGCCGACCGCGUCUCAGGCCUCAAGAUCGGGUACCGCAAGGGCAACAAGCUGGCGGGUCUGUACGACCGAGGCGACUGGCUGGUGCGGUUCGACACCAUCGGCCCUGCCCUCGAGGCGGGGCUCCCUGCGACGGUCGUGGUCGACCGGCCGGUGAUUCAGCAGAUUCUGGUCAAGCAUGGCUUCCCCGACGGCACCGUCCGCAUCAGCUCGCGCAUCGAGGGGUGGGAGGACCGCGGCGACGGCCGCGGCGUGGUUGCGACGCUCUCCGACGGCACCAAGGCGCACGCGGACGUGCUGGUCGGCGCGGACGGCGUCUGGUCCCAGAUCCGCAAGCAGAUGCACUCACUCGGAGAGGGCGCGGGCGGCUUCGCCGCGUCGGGCGCGGCGGGAGGUGCGCUCGACGAGGCGGAGGCGCGCAAGCUGGCGCGCGACACCGUGCGGAUCGCGGCGCAGGCGGAUCGCCGCUUCUCGGGCUUCACCUGCUACGCGGCGCUGGCGCCGCACCGCGCAUCAAACAUCGAGGACGUCUCGUAUCAAAUCCUGCUCGGAGAGAAGAAGUACUUUGUGUCGACCGACGGCGGCGGCGAGCGGCAGCAGUGGUUUGCGCUCAUCCGCGAGCCGGCGGGCGGCGUCGAUCCGGAGCCCACGGACGAGGACCCAACGCCAAAGCUGACGCGGCUGCGCCAGGAGUUCUCGUGCAGCAGCGGCGACGCCGACGGCAACGUCUGGGACCCGUUCGCACUCGAGCUGAUCGAAGCGUCCGCCGAGAGUGACAUCAAGCGGCGCGACCUCUACGAUGGGGCGCCCCUCCUCGCCACUUGGGACCCGCGUCGCUGGUGGUCGCCGUGGGCAAAGGGGCCCGUCGCGCUCUGCGGGGACGCGGCGCACCCGAUGAUGCCAAAUUUGGGGCAGGGCGGCUGCCAAUCGACCGAAGACGGCUACCGGCUGGGCGCGGAGCUUGCGACGGUGAGCCACACUCGCGAGGUGCCGUCGGCGCUCGCACGCUAUUCGCGCGUCCGCGUGGUGCGCACGGCGAUCGUGCAGGGGUUCGCGCAGCUCGGCUCCGAUCUACUCGUCGACUUCGACCUGAUGAUGACCAUCCCGCUGCUCGGCCCUUUCUUCCUCGCCGCAACGCAGCUCUCGAUGCCGUGGAUCCUGCGCUUCCUCUACACGCCCGAGUUUUAGGCGGCCGCGGUUCGGUUGAGACGAGUUGCGUUCGGACCCAGGUUCUUUGGCUUUGCCAGCGGCGGCCCGGCGCUGCGCGCUCUCUCUGCCGCAGGCUCUGACUAAGUCUAUGCACUCAGGGCCGGUCGGGCCGCUCUACCUAGUCUCUCUACAUUAGGCGACGAGAAAAUUAACGAAACUCGGAACCCCCCCUCCCUAUUGAAAAAGAAAGAAAAUCAGC